UGGCAUUUUUCAAAUUCUAGAACAAUACAAGUUCCCUAGUGUUGGGCGAGUACAUGACGCCGUUUCUGUGUUUGUGCAUCUGUGUAUUUUAGGCCUUGUCGUGUAUGUCGAUUUCUAGGAUUUUACCUACUGUGAGAAAAAGCUAUUCUGCUAGUUUUCUCUGGCUCCUUUCCAUAACAGUGACGCCAUUAUGCCAGUUGAUAUCAAUUUUCCGUGCUCUGCUAAACAAAAACAUAUUUUUCACUACGAAACAAGUAAUUAACUAGAGACGGGAAUUCAUUCUCUAAUACACAUUAUUCCAACUAUCAUCGAGUACAAAGUAAUAGAUUUUUUAUGUUAAAUCAUAACAUACAAACACAAGUGAGUAUGGAGAGAGAGAUUGUAUGUGUACUUAGAAUGUAGGUAGUACAAGCAAUGCGUACAAUUCAAUGUACCAGGGAGCAAGAUGGCAGGCUUAUCUUAUCUAUUGUGCGAGUGUGUGCACAUCAUUGCUGUUAUUUCAAUUUUGUUUCUGACAUGCUACUGUGACGACCCAAGACUCCACCCACUUCGUGAUCCUGUGUACUGGGGCCCUUGGUCCAGUUGGUCGGCUUGUUCCAGCUCGUGUGGAAGGGGCGUAACCACGAAACGACGCGAUUGUCUAAUGUGGCGAAGUGUGGAGGUAAAAGCAGCUAAACCCUGGAAAUGUCAAGGGCGGGAUACUAGAAGAAGACUCUGCUUUUCUCAGGCUUGCCCAGGAAAUAGAAUGUACGAUCAAAGUGUGGACGACGAGUGUCAGGUUCUGCAGCACGCCAGACGGAGUCGACACCGCCACCGUAACUGGCAACGGGUGGACAGAGGAAAUCCAUGCCGAGUGGUGUGUGCUGUGAUAGGAGGCUACACUGUGCGGACCCUCCAAGUGCUUCCUGAUGGUACAGUAUGCUCACAGAAUGGCGCACGCUAUGCUGAGUGUAACAAAGGCAUCUGCAAGGAGGUGAGCAGAGGCUGCCACGACUCGGACGGCACGUCGCUUCGACUGGACAUGUGCCUUGUGUGUGGGGGGAAUAACUCCUCUUGCGAUCAAGUAACUGGUUCAUUCCGGGCCUCCACAUCUCGAACAGAAACUUAUGGAUUCUCUGGAGUCGUGCGGAUUCCACAAGGUGCUACUUUCAUCAAUAUCGUUAAAGAAGGGGACAUCUCUAGUGCGAUUGCUCUCCUGGACUCUCUGGGGCAACACGUACCCGCUUCAGAGGCGGGUAAAAGACUUCCUGUUGGUUCCAAUUCCUUCCCUGCAGAGGGGACGAACUGGCUUAGAGAACGUGGCAUUUACAGGGAGACUCUGACAGCGACUGGGCCCACAGUCGGCGACCUUACGGUUGUGGUGAGUCGUCGCUCUGUUAUGGAACUUGUAGCAAUAUGUUGA